AUGACUGCUCUCAACAACGCUCUUGCCGCCGCUAAGAUAUCUUCACCUAAAUCCACAUCAAAGGAGAUCCUGUCAGACGAUAGUUCCGCCUCUCAUGAUGGCGUGACGACACCUAGAGAGGAGAACGAGUUGGAAGAUGGAGAGAUACAAGAUGAUGAAGAGACAGAAGCGGAUGAUGGACGUCCUAAAACCAUUUUCGACAGUAAAUCUAAAUUCAAUGUCAAACAUCCAUUGUUUUCCUCUUGGACCCUUUUCUUCGAUUCACCACAAUCUAAACUUUUACCCAAAACACCUACUUCAGCUCCAGCUUCUAAUACCACCCAUGGAUGGAUGGACGAUAUACGUAAAGUUGUUACUUUUGAAUCGGUCGAAGAGUUUUGGGGUUUGUAUAACAAUAUUGUACCUCCUUCUCAAUUACCACAAAAAGCGAAUUAUUAUUUGUUCAAAGAUGGUAUUAUGCCCGCUUGGGAAGACGCGCAAAACAAAGAUGGAGGGAAAUGGUCACUUCAAGUACCGAGAGAGAAGAACAAAGGCGUCAUUGAUAAGAUGUGGUUGUAUACUAUGCUCGCUGCUAUUGGAGAGACGUUUGAGACUCCUUUACCUACGCCAGACAACAAAAGCCCGGCUCCUAAAGCUUCAGAUCUUGUGACUGGUGUCAUUGUCUCUGCUCGUCCGGGAUUCUAUCGGAUAUCUAUUUGGACCCGUAACGCCCCCGAUGUUUCGUUGCCCGACACAGACGAGUUGAAAGCUCGAACUCUCACCAUUGGUCGACACUUUAAAGUUUCCGUGUUAGGCUAUGACCUCGACCAGAAGCUCGUUCAGGGUGGCUUCCAGACUGAAGUCACCUUUGAGAGUCAUGCCAAUAGCGAGAAGAAGAACAAUCGUGCGAAGAUAGUCGUGUAG